CACAAUGUAAAGACACAAGUGGAACUUUGUGAACCUCCCAACGCGGCAGUGAAGAAAGCCAUGGAUGUGAUAAAAGCCAAUGGGUAUCAGGUCCAUUUCGGGAGAUGGCUGAUUGAAGGAAGCCCAUAUGUGGUGCUGUUCGAUAUAGCAUCAGCAGCUUGGAAUCUGGAUCGAUGGAAAGGAGAAUUCUGGGACGCCGGCCAUAUUGGAAUUCCUUACCAUGACAGAGAAGCGAAUGAUGUUCUCAUCUUCGGAUCGCUAAUUGCCUGGUUUUUGAAAGAGCUUGCCAGUCAGUUUGAAGAGAAGCCCAACGUUAUAGCUCACUUCCAUGAAUGGCAAACGGGCCCCGGACUCAUCCUGUGCCGGUCCAGGAAGAUUCCAGUUGCUACCAUUUUCACAACACAUGCGACCCUGUUAGGAAGGUACCUCUGUGCAGCCAGCAUAGACUUCUACAAUCAUUUGGAUCAGUUCGAUAUAGAUAAAGAAGCAGGGGAAAGGGAGAUAUACCACAGGUACUGCAUGGAGCGGGCAUCUGUGCAUUGUGCCCAUGUCUUCACCACGGUCUCUCAGAUAACGGCCAUAGAAGCGGAGCACAUGUUGAAGAGAGCAACUG